AGUUCAAGAGGGUGCUGACUUUCUGAGGUUACUCUGAUUUCAAGCAAUGGAAAAACUAACCGAAACCGAAGAACAAUCACAGUCACAGGACUCAUCAACUUCAUCGCAAGAUCACCAGAACUGGAUAACAGAACAAGAUAUUCUUAGAGAAAAACUGAUAACGGAGGAUAGUUUCACAUGGAAAUUACCCAGCGAAGGCACAACAAGCACAGCACAAGAGGAAGGAUUAAGAUACGUUGGUGGGGUUGAUAUAAGCUUCUCAAAAGAUGAUCCAUCAAUGGCGUGUGGGACCCUCGUAGUAUUGGACUUCCACACUUUACAAGUUGUCUAUCAGGACUUCUCUUUGGUCACUCUUCAAGUCCCUUAUGUGCCUGGCUUCCUUGCAUUCAGAGAAGCCCCAGUUCUUGUAGACAUUCUGGAGAAAAUGAAAAGGAGUGAUAAUCCUUUUUACCCUCAGUUGUUAAUGGUUGAUGGAAACGGAAUACUUCAUCCCCGAGGUUUUGGCCUGGCCUGUCAUAUUGGAGUUGUGGCCAAUCUCCCAACGAUUGGAAUUGGAAAGAAUUUGCAUCAUGUGGAUGGUCUUAAUCAAUCUGGAGUGAGCAAACUUCUUGAAGCCAAAGAAAACUCUUCUAAAGAUUUUAUUACUUUGGUGGGUUGUUCCGGGCAUAUAUGGGGAGCAGCCAUGAGAUCUACACAGGGAUCUAUAAAGCCAAUAUUUAUAUCAAUUGGUCACAGGAUAUCACUUCAGACUGCCAUUACGAUUGUUCAGAUGACUUGCAAGUAUCGUGUGCCUGAGCCAAUUAGACAGGCUGAUAUAAGAUCUAGAGACUACAUUCGGAAGCUUGAAAUGAAUACCAAAAUGAAGUAAUUUCACCGAUAUGGUUCAUUUAUAUUGACUUCAACAUUUUUUUCUCAUUGUUUCUUGAACAUCUUAAGUGAUGCCAGCACUUGCUGCAUGCCACAAUGAAUUAAAUUAGACACGUGUAUGAAAGUGUCCUCAACAAUGUAAAUUUCCAAGUCCAGAAAUGUAAGUGAAUAAACUCAA